ACGCACGCCUUGGGAUCGCCGCAUUUCUGUGUUGGUUGUGGCCGUGAACGGCACCUCAAGUCCAAGGGCAAGUCGAGCUCCUCCAGUGAGACAUUACUCGAUCCGAUUGAUACCGAUUUCGAAGGAAGUUCAAGUCAUCUCAAAGAUAACGCAGUGGUUUAACGGGUUGGCCUGACAAUGAGCAGCCCAGUGUGCCGGAUGGUGACUCUCCAGUCGAUCGCGGGUGUUGUCCUGCUAAUCAUCGGUACCGCCGCAUCGGCGGAGGACGCUUCUUCCGUAAUGUCGGCGUCGGCGGAACCGUCCGCGGUAUCGGGUCCGGACUACACGGGUCCUUCAGCCGGCUCGGACGAGUGCGACCCCGAAAUGGUCGGUUUCGAGUUGGUCACCGGAUGGGUUUACACGGCCCCCGCGAACAUGUUGGACUCCAUACCGGGGACGUUGAUGCUCACCGACUGCCUCGAGACAUGUCAGGCGAACGAUUCCUGCCAGGCGGUCAACUAUGAAACGGGUCUGUGCGUGCUGUUCAGCUCCAACGCGGAUAAUAAUCCAGGUGCGCUGUCCCAGUCUCAGUUCCCCGUGUUUACCAUCUACGCCCAGAAGAGCUGUUUGGGUGUGAAACCUUGCGAGAGAGCCUGGUGCAUCGAUAGGGUACAAGGACAUCGUCUUCAGGGGCACACGAAACGCACGGUUUCAGCAUCCUCGAGACAGCAUUGCCUGGAGCUCUGCCUCGGAGAGAGGGAAUUCCUUUGUCGGUCCGCGAACUACGAGAAUUCCUCCAAGACAUGCGAACUUUCCGAAAUGGAUCGUCUGACCGUCGCGGGUUCGAGCUCCUUCCAAGUUGCUAACGGUGUCGACUAUUUGGAAAAUCAUUGCGUCGACGAACCGAUGAAACUCUGCGAAUUCAAGAAACUUACCGGCCGCAUAUUGAAGACGGUGGAUUCGGUUUAUCAAGACGUCGGAUCGAUCGACGAAUGCCGCGAGCUCUGUCUCAACUCGCCGUUCCGUUGUCAUUCCUACGACUACGGAGAUACCGGCGACAUGGUCUGCCGUCUCAGUCAUCAUUCCAGAGCCACGCUCACCGACAUUCAGGAGCCCUACCUGGACAUACCGGAAGGUUCGACCUACGAACUCAGUUCCUGUUACAACGUCACGAUAGACUGUCAGGCUGGCCAGAUGGUCGCUCAUAUUCAAACGAGCAAAUUGUUCAACGGCAAGGUCUACGCGAAAGGUUCCCCGAACUCGUGCGUUCAAGACGUCCAAUCGGAUCUGGAGUUCGAACUCCGCAUGGCCUACGACGACUUGGAGUGCAACGUCCGGCAACAGAGUCUCGGCAGAUACAUGAACGAUAUCGUAAUCCAGCAUCACGACACCAUAGUGACCAGUUCGGAUUUGGGAUUAGCCAUAACUUGCCAGUACGACCUUACCAACAAGACGGUAUCGAACGAAGUCGACCUAGGCGUACACGGGGAGAUAACGCCAGCGCUAUCGGAAGAGGUGAUAGUCGACUCUCCCAACGUAGCGAUGAAAAUCACCGAUCGCAGCGGAAACGACGUUGUGCCUUCCGCCGAGGUCGGGGACCCGCUCGCUCUCAAGUUCCAGAUACUGAACCCCAACAGUCCGUACGAGAUCUUUGUCCGGGAGUUGGUCGCCAUGGAUGGCGUGGACUCGAGCGAGAUCGUGCUCAUUGACGCGCGCGGAUGCCCCACCGAUCACCUCAUCAUGGGACCCCUCUACAAGUCCGCCAGCUCCGGCAAGAUUCUCCUGUCGCAUUUCGACGCUUUCAAAUUCCCGAGUUCGGAGGUGGUGCAAUUCCGCGCCCUGGUGACUCCGUGCAUACCUUAUUGUCCGCCGGUGCAGUGCGAUCAGGAAGAAUCAACGGGUGAUUUGCGCUCGGUAAUCUCAUACGGUAGACGACGUCGUCGUUCAACUUCGCAGACGCGAGACGACCUCCUGGUGGUUCAGACGAUCCAGAUCACCGAUAAGUUCGGAUUCGAACGCGACGGUAAAACGGGGAACGCGACCGCUGCCGCCAAGGACACGAUCUUCAUAGAAUCUUCGGAUUCGACGAGCGGCGUCUGCAUCAACCUCGGAGAAGCGAUAGUCGCCGGUACGGUGUUCCUCGUCGUCCAAAUCGCCAUCAUCGCCGCGUGGACUUUUACAUGGCAGAGACGUCGGCAGAUCCUCAAGCAUCAGGAGGCACUUUCGGUCUCGGUUUCCGUACCAGGUAUGCACACGGGUAUCCCCGGGCGCACCGACAGCCUCUGCAAGCUCUACGAUUCCGGUUUUUCACGCCGAUUCUGAGCGAGUGAGAUACCCAGUUCCGCCAUCGGUUUAAUCACCUCCUUAUACAGCGACUGCUCCUCCGAGUACGCGAACGUUACGUAUACGUGUAUUCACGGAUCCAUACGUGUAUGCAUGUAUAAUAAUUCGCGUACUCGGAUAUCGGGAAUUGCAAUAGAAAUUAAACGAGAUAAGGAGGUACUUGGAGAUUAUUAAAACGAUUAUAAUCCAGUCAUUUUAUUCCAACGAGACAAUCAAGCUCGUAAUAACGAUCAUCUCGUUCGAACAAAAGGAAUGAUAAUCGUGGCUAAAUCGCGUUCAAUCUUCGUUCCCGAGUAAUUACGUCACUCGCGAAUGGACAAUGUGCGUGAGGAUAUCGCAAUAAGCCAGCGGCCGAUAACUUUUUUUUUGUUCCCCAGAAAAUACAUCCGCGUACGUCUAGUUAGCCGAGUGUACGCGAAACUUUGAAAUCCAGAUUAGCGCGAUCAAAGAAUCGUCGGAGUCGUAACUCGAAUCCAUAAAUUUCCUCUCAAAUAGUCUGACAACUUUUGCUUUUAAUCCGAACGUUUUCACCGCGUACUCAAACCCACAUACGUGCAAACUCUCCGACAGUAGGUGUUUCACCCAGCUGUACGUUAUAUACGCGUCGUAUGUGGGUGCGGGAUGGGUCGUGUAUUUGCAACGUACCGCAGAUUCUAAUUAGCAUUGGGAAUCGAGCGUGAUUAUGCAGAUGUCUGUGGAGUAGGAUAUCAAGGGAGUGCCGGAAUAUAGCACCUAGGGUUUCCACCAGGCGAAGGGGGUGGAUGCGCGCGCGAAGGGGCGGCGCAGAAGGUUAAUUGCCUCUUCUGGCGGCAUCUCCUCUGCCUAAGCCAAGCACGCGAGAUGGGGGGGGGGGGGGGGGGGAGGGAGCGCGACCGGCGGAGGUUGGGGGAUCCCCGUGAGGUCAAGAGAGCCCACCCUUCUGGGCCAGUCGUACGAUAUCAAGGAUAUUCCCAUCCGCCGAACGAUCUCCGUGCCACUUUGGAUCCCAAACCAUAGGCAGCGCUGCCGCGACCCCAUCUUCCUCUUAUGAUUUGACCUUAUGGCCACCUCGCGACCGCGCAAACCAUGUUAAAUCUCAACUCCCUUUGUUCCGAGUGAUGCUAACGCGUUCGUUCGUACCGUUACUCCCUAACAUUGGAUUUCGUUCGUCGUUCGACGUUACGUCCUUGUACUUCGUGUCGUUUUAUAAUCGUUACGACAACAAUAGCGCGAUCGGUCAGCGGAACGAAAGAAACAAAGAAAAUUCUUUUUCAAAUUUUUUUCAUAAAACUAUUAAAUUCUACAUUUUUCUAAGAGUUGAGCAUAUUAUGAAUUUUCCGACUCAGCCCUACUGCUUGUGGCGAGAGGGUAGUGCCAAUUACACGAGUUUGGCUCGACAGAAUAUAUUGAGUGAGUCGUCGAUCCGCCGAACGCGUAUACGUUUAACGGUCCCGUCGCGCUACAACGAAAAUAUGAUAGAAAAUUCGAGAGCAGAAAAAAAAAAAUAUUAAACAAAGAAAAAAUAGACUAUGCUUAACAUCCCAUAACCGCGUGUACCCCCUGUCGCAUUUUUUUUAUUUUCUAUCAUGUUACGCAUGACACACGAGUAUAUGCUGCCUGCGAUGCAGAUAUUGUACCACACGUGUCUGAGUAAUAAUAUUAUAAUAAUUUUACGUAUGCUGUUCGGAAAGAAGAAGAGAGAAAUGAAAAAGAAAGGGCACACGAUAAGCAGACGACACACUUUCCAUCGACUUGAUCGAACGUAUUUUAUUUAGCCGCGCAUUUAUUACGACAUUUUUUUUCCAUUUUUUAUCCGCGACUCUAUUUUAUUGCGUUUAUUGCGUUUGAUUCAACUCAAUGGAAACUGUAUAAAGAAUAAGAUAAAAAAAAAUUGCUACAUCGUAUCAACUACUAUACUGCUACGGUACACGAUCUUAAAUCUUAUUAAUAAAUAGGUAAGAAAAAUAAUAAAAAAAAAUAAAUAAAUAAACGAAAAUGAAGCAAAAACGUGAAAAAAAUUGAAGAACAAUUAUAAGGAAUCUGUUACACAGACUAUCACGAUAACGUCUCAUUUUUGUCAUUGAAUAUAUAUUACUAUUAUUAUUACUGCAAUUAUAUACGAUAAUUACAAUGAUUAAUAUUAUUUUGAAUUAAUUGAUAUUAUUAUUACCAUGACUAUUAUUAAAUAUUCAGCUGUCUAUUGCGACAAAAAGUUUCAAUUGUCUACGUGAAGAAAAAUUGCAGCGAUGGUGACAAACGCGGUAAAUAUGAUUAGAGAGAUUACACGUGGGCCAGCACGCGGUCACCCGUGCAGCAAGGUUAAAGUUCGUCUCAUCUCGUCUCGUCUUGUCUUGUGGUAGCUGUCGUGCAGGUGCCGAGCGUGAGAGUGAAGUUGAAAGUGAGGAUAGCAAGAGUAAGAGUGAGAGUUGACGAGUGGAUGAGUGGCGUGGUAGAAAAUGAAAGAGGAAAAGAUUUCAGAUAUGGAAAAAAAUUAAAGGAUGAUUAAAAAAGAAAGAGAGAGAAACGAACAGAAAAAAAAAAAAUAGUCAAUGAAAAUAAAUGUGUAAAAAAAAAUUAAGGAAAUGGAAGGAAAUGCGAGAGUAGAGAGAGAGAGACGAGAUGGAUAGAGAGGACGAAAGGUAUAAUAUUAGGCUCGAGGACGACCGCUCUUCCUCCUCAAAUUGGACUCUGCGGCGUCAGUUUGCAUGAAUACUACUGAGUCUUUUCAUAAUGAGUGUGUUUUGAGCAGCGUCUCUUUCUAUACUUAGAUGUUGUACGUAUAGUGGGGUAACUGCCAAAUGCCUGAAUGUAGACGUCGGUGCUUGUCCUCGAACCUGAGGUGCGCGCCUAGCUGUCCAAGUUCUCGGAGGCUUGGGAUACGUUACGCUCGAGUCUGCUCUGUACCCUGACAACCGUGUAUUUUUUCCCGCACUUUUUAUUUCAUCUGAAGAGAAAAAAGAAAAAGAAAAUGAAAAAAAAAAACAGAAAUAAUCUGCUUUUUAGUCCCAUCUCCCCAUCUCCCCGUAACCCCUUAACCCCUUCCGCAUCUCCUGUCAACCUUUACCCUCCCGACUCGAGGGAAGCCACUUCCCGUGUAACUCCGCCAGAUUAAACUAUUUUAAUAAUCUCAGCAGCCGUCACGUACAGAGUCGACCCGGCGACCGAGCGUCCAUAUCGCGCCGCACCAAGUAUACCGCUUAUUAUAUUUAUUUUUAUUUCACAUAUGCGUAAUUUUCACCAUGUAGCGUCAUACACAUUAUACAAUAUACAUGUACGUAUGGCACGAUGUAAAGACGGUAAUUAUACCGUUACGAUUGAAAAACAAAAAAAAAAAUAUACAUAUAUUAUAUCUACA